GGCCUCGGCGCCCUGCCCCGCGCCGCCCUCCGCGAUCCCGGAGAGCGCAGCGCGGACGGAGGCUGCCCGGCUGCCGCCUGCCCCCGGCCCGCACGGCACCGUCUGCGUCGGCGGCCCCGCGGCUGCCCGCGCUCGGCCCCAGCGCCAGUCCCUUCGACGGCCGGGCCGCGCCGCCGCAGCCCCUGCGCCGCGCUGGCGUCGUCUUCGUCCCCUUCGCCGCCCCCCGCGCGCGGUCGGGCCCUGCCCCCCAUGGUGUCCCGGCCCGAGCCCGAGAGCGAGGCCAUGGAUGCGGAGCUGGUGGUCACGCCGCCGGGCUGCACGCACCUGAGUAGCUUCAAAGUGGACAACUGGAAGCAGAACUUGCGGGCCAUCUACCAGUGCUUCGUGUGGUGCGGCACGGCGGAGGCCCGCAAGCGCAAGGCCAAGUCGUGCAUCUGUCAUGUCUGUGGUGUCCACCUGAAAAGGCUUCACUCUUGCCUCCACUGUGUCUUCUUUGGCUGUUUCACAAAGAAACAUAUUCACGAACAUGCCAAGUCGAAGCGGCACAACCUGGCCAUAGAACUUAUGUAUGGAGGCAUCUACUGCUUUUUAUGCCAGGACUACAUCUAUGACAAAGACAUGGAAAUCAUUGCCAAAGAGGAACGACAGAGAGCUGGAAAAAUGCAAGGAAUUGGAGAGAAGUUUUCCACGUGGGAGCCAAGCAAACGGGAGCUUGAACUGCUGAAGCACAACCCGAAAAGGCGAAAGAUCACUUCCAACUGCACCAUCGGUCUGCGGGGGCUCAUCAACCUGGGGAACACGUGCUUCAUGAACUGCAUCGUCCAGGCCCUGACGCACACCCCUCUGCUGCGAGACUUCUUCCUCUCCGACCGGCACCGCUGUGAGAUGCAGAGCCCCAGCUCCUGCCUGGUCUGUGAGAUGUCGUCCCUGUUCCAGGAGUUUUACUCUGGGCACCGGUCGCCCCACAUCCCGUACAAAUUGCUGCACCUGGUGUGGACUCACGCGCGACACCUGGCGGGGUACGAGCAGCAGGACGCGCACGAGUUCCUCAUCGCGGCCCUGGAUGUCCUGCACCGGCACUGCAAAGGUGAUGAUAAUGGGAAAAAGGCCAACAACCCCAACCACUGCAACUGCAUCAUAGACCAGAUCUUCACCGGGGGGCUGCAGUCGGACGUCACCUGCCAAGUCUGCCAUGGGGUCUCCACCACAAUAGACCCCUUCUGGGACAUCAGUUUGGAUCUGCCUGGCUCUUCCACCCCAUUCUGGCCCCUGAGCCCAGGGAGUGAGGGCAGUGUGGUGAACGGGGACAGCCACGUGGCAGGAACCACAACGCUGACGGACUGCUUGAGAAGAUUCACCAGACCAGAGCACUUGGGAAGCAGCGCCAAGAUCAAAUGCAGCGGCUGUCACAGCUACCAGGAGUCCACCAAGCAGCUCACCAUGAAGAAGCUGCCCAUCGUCGCCUGCUUCCAUCUCAAACGAUUUGAACACUCAGCCAAACUGAGGCGGAAGAUUACCACAUACGUGUCCUUUCCCCUGGUACUGGACAUGACCCCCUUCAUGGCGUCCAGCAAAGAGAGCAGGAUGAAUGGACAGUACCAGCAGCCGCCAGACAGCCUCAGUAACGAUAACAAAUACUCCCUGUUUGCAGUCGUUAACCACCAGGGGACCCUGGAGAGUGGCCACUACACCAGCUUCAUCCGGCAGCACAAGGACCAGUGGUUCAAGUGUGACGACGCCAUCAUCACCAAGGCCAGCAUUGAAGACGUGCUGGACAGUGAGGGGUACCUGCUGUUCUACCACAAACAAGUUCUGGAAUAUGAGUAGCCUUUUCCUCAGCUGGCCAGAAAUAUGAAGGCCUCACAAAAUGACCCCCAACCACCGAACAUCACGCUACCAUCCCCCACGUGGAAGUACCCAGGAGCAUCAGAGCCCCCGCCGCCGCCCAGGACUGGGGACAGAGAGGACACGCACCGUGGUGGGAGGGGUCUCGGGGCUGCACAACAGAUGGGGAACGAAGGGUGUGUGUUCUUUGUGGGAAGGGGCAGAGUAGAUGCGUCCCAAGGUGUCUCCCUUGCUCCUCGAACAGCAUGCAGGUGCCUGGGGUGGGCGCCCCCACGGCGUGGAGUGGCCUCGCCCGGAGCUCUAGUCCUACCCAGGGACGGCACAGCUUUCAAAGGCGCCAGUCCGUUUUUAAAUUAUGGGUUUAUUAAAGCAGUAGAGAAGAUAAUAGAUGUACAAGGGCAGAGGACUUUGCAAGUAUCUUUGUGAGUCUUAGUAUUGACCACGUGUGGUACGGAACUCGUAGCCUUCGUUUGUGAGCAGAGCCUGUGUAGCUGAGGACGCUGGCGGGCAGUCCGAGCGGACCCGUGCUGCAGAUGGCGUGGCGCCGGGCCCGGCGUGGCGCACGGCUGGGCGCUCCUGCAGUUUCGUGCCGGUAGGCCUGUUCCCAUUCCCCUCCUUUUUCUUCUCUUCCACAGUGGUGAAUUUGGUAAGUGUAACGUUAGUAACGUGGGUGAGUAGAGUUAAUAAUGAACUUUAGAUAGUUUUUUCAUUCUGGAGUGAGUCUUGCUUUUGGUGCUGUUUUGUUGCCCGCCCCGCCCCCCCCCCGCCCCACCUUUGGAAGCGCCGUGGCCUGGUUAGAGCUGGCAGGUGCAUGCUGGGUGUCACUGGUUCAAUCAUGUUACUUGAGCAAAUGAAGCAUUUUUCGAUGGUUUUAUUGUUUCCAUUCCUCACAUUUUCUUCUUGGCUGCCUGUCCCACUCACUGUCCCCGUCACUCCUUGGUGGCCAGAGUGGCGGAGUGCCUCUGCGUUUCAUUUAGUGUAGUUUAAAUUGUAGCAGGAAAAGGGACUCCGACCAAGCUUAUGGGAGAGCCGGCUGAGGGGCCGCCUGGUUCCUGCAGAGGUGCCUUGCAGGCCUCUCUCUAUCCAACCCUCCAAGCUAGGUUUUUGUCCAUUUCUGAGAAAUUUUAACCCAGAGAUGUAAGGGAGGACAAGGUGCUUUAAGGUAGUUUGUCAAACAAGCCGUGCUUGUCCUGAGAGCCCCGUCUGCAUCUGAACUGUGGUGUGUUCAUUCCUAGGAAGACUAUCAUUAUUGAAGGGUCAGCAGACUUUUUUUGUAAAGAGCCCAAAUGGUAGAUGUUAAACUUUAUGGAUCCGUUGGCCAUAGAUAACACAUUAACAAAUGAUCCUCGCUGUGUUCCAAUAAAACUUCUAUUUAUAGACAUUGAAAUUUGGGUUUCAUAUCAUUUUCGCAUGUCAUGAAAUAUUUUUCACUGUUUAAAAAUGUGUAGACUGUUCUUAGCUGCCAGGCCGCACAGAAGCAGGCCGUGGCCAGAGCGAGCCGCUAGCCCGGCAGACGGGGAAGCUAGUCCCCGCGGGAGUGGAGCCGCUACUGCUCAGUGUGGAAGGUGCUAGAAAAGGCAGAGCAACAAUCCUGCAGAAUCACUGUGUGUGGCAAAGUUCCCAGUGACAACUUUUUAAGCACUUGCUCGGCUUGCCCUGUGACGACCUGCACUUCUGGAACACAGGCUGAAAGGGUGUUUUCAAAGAGCAAGUGUUCUCACAGAAGUGUGGACGGUGCAGACUUUCAGAACUGGCCACGUGUGUUCAAGUGUGUGGGGGCACCGCUGUGAAGGUAUCUUUUGGGGAGAGGUGUUGUCUUUUAAUAAUAAAUUUAAUGGAAAGGAGAACUGACUGCAGCUGGCCUGUAAAUUCUGAGCCAUAGCGUCUCCCCCUGCAGUUUGCUGCCUUACGACCGGAGUGCUCUGGAUGCCGGGGUCGGGGAGGGGGAGCAAAUGCGUUGGCCUUCGGGGGCUGGAAGGUCACCUGUGGUCUAGCCGGCCUGCUCCCCAAACCAGUCGCUCCCCUGCGCCUCUUCUGUCUUCCUUACGCUCAGAGGCUCAGCGCUCUGAGGACACAAGGACUAGGGGGCACCAGGGGGCCACGGUUAUCUUUUGCGGACAUUAUUUUAAACUCUCAUGCCCAGAUCAGUUGUCCUUGCUCCUUCCGGCGUUGGUGUGCCAAGCUCCUGCCUCGUGGCUGCCCCUGUGGCAGCGCUGGCUCGCCCCCGCAUGCCCAGCAGGAACUGCCGCGCGAGAUAGGCGUGCUCGAAUCUGUCCUGGUAGGAACAGAAUAUUACGUGACCGUUUUUGGAAUUUCCCUUUUUUAUUUUAUUUUUAAGCUCCCAAUCCAGCUAUUAAAUUCAGGAAAAUGGUGUUUUUGUUUCCUAACAACCACCCCUGGGUAGUGUUCCUCUCGUGACCGAGUGCGUCUGACCACCGAGUAGGCACGAGGCGGCCCUCCACCCCCACCCGCCUGUGUACAACCACCUGUGUUUCCGAACCUCUGGCUGUCACUUCAGCGCUUCCCAGUGAAACGGUAGACCUUCCCUCUUCAGGCAUCUGUAGUGGGUUCCGAGGAGCGUGGUGCUGGGGGACUUGGGCCGGGGCCGCCUGCGGGCGGAGCGGCCAGACCCCUUGCGGCGGCAUGGCCCCUCGCCCGGAGGGCGCUGGGGUGUCCCCGGACCCCCCGCCCUGCAGCAGCCCCUGCCGCGCAUAGACCCGAGCACUUGUGGUUUGGCUUUCAUUGUGUACAAUUGCCAGGUUUUUGUGUUUGUGUUUUUGUUUAUGACAACUGAAGUGACUGUUAUAACUAAAAACAAAAAUUGUAAGAAAAAGAUUCCAAUGAUUGUGCUGUGGAUUUAAUUACCAAGAUGUUUACACCUCUUUUACCUGUUGUUUUGAGGAACUGUCUGACUCUUCCCCCUCCUUUAAUGGCUUGUAGUCUUUCCUAUGUCAUAAUAAACU